AUGCUGCUGUUCCAGUCGAUUUUGUGGCUAUGUCUAGCCACCAUGGCAUAUGGAGGCUAUGAUUACUAUGUGAGCGGUCAAUUUACUUGCCAAGGGAAACCACUGAUAGGGGUAAGACACAUGUUUUUUAGGGGUAGAUCUUCUUUUUUUAUUUUUGGAGAUGUUUUAUUCAUAUUUAUUAAUUUUUAAAACUUUUUUUAAAAAAAAAUUUUGAUUUUUAGAGGGUUUACCUUUACGAAGAUGAUUUUGUUUCGGAUGAUUAUGUUGAUGAAGGAACCUUGGACGAAAAUGGUGGAUUCUACCUAUACGGCUACCUUGAUGAUGGAUGGCCUGACGGAUCUGUCGAACCUUAUCUUGAGAUGUAAGUGACAAGAACUUUCUUUACAAAUCAAAAAAUGGCAAGAACUUUCUUUACGAAACAAAAAAUGGCAAGAACUUUCCUUACAAAACAUAAAGUGGCAAGAGCUUUCUUUACAAAAAAUAAAAUGGCAAAAACUUUCCUUACAAAACAUAAAUAUGCAAGAACUUUCUUUACAAAACAAAAGAUGGCAAGAACUUCCCUUACAAAACAUAAAGUGGCAAGAACUUUUUAAUUUUUUGAAAUUUUCAGUUAUCAUCAAUGUGGUCACCCUGGCAGACAAUGUGUCAAGACUGUAUAUUCUCUCGAAAAUUACCGUGACAAUCCUUUAAAACUUGGUACAAUGCGAAUAGAUAUCCUGGGUUAUGAAAAGAUGGCAAAAGUUUACCAUAGCUGGUACGAUUGCCAAUAUGUCAUGGACAACCCACAACCUUACACGCCCUAA